GAAAAAGAAGAAGAACUGAAACAACAGAAGCUUCCACACCUAAUCUAACACAAUCAUCAGAUAUAAAACAGCAACAAAACUGUUUAACGUUAUGGAAUAAAAUGUCAACCCAUGAAGAGCAGUUGUGAGAGGGAUCAUCAGAUCCAAAUGCUGUCCAGAUGUGGAGUGUGUGGGCAGGUUCUGAAAGAUCUAGUCUCUAUAACCUGUGGACACAAUUUCUGCAGACAAUGCAUUAGCUGUUACUGGGAUAAGUCGAGACUAGCUGAAGACUUUAACUAUCCUCAGUGCAGAAAGAGAUCCAGAACACAUACUGAUCUACAAGCAGUCAGGGGAGCAUCCAGUUCUGCUGGUUCUGCUUGCUGUAAAACUCAAGCAGCCCUGCAAGAGGAGACUGGAGACAUGCAUAAUGCAGUAGAUGAUAAAAUACUGAGAGUCAAAGAAAAGCACAAAGUCAGAAUGAAGAAUAAGUAUGAAAGCUUAUGUGAGGGAAUGAAGUUCCAAGAGAAUGAAACCCUCCUCAACAGGAUCUACACACAGCUCUACAUCAUAGAAGGAGAGAGUGAAGGGGUGAAUGGAGAACAUGAGGUUUUACAGAUAGAGAAAACAGCCAGAACACAACAUUCACAAGACACUCAAAUCCACUGCAAUGACAUCUUUAAAGCCUCACCUAAACCAGAAUGCGAGAAAGACAAAAUCAAGGUUGUUCUUACUAAAGGCAUCGCUGGAAUCGGAAAAACUGUCUCUGUGCAGAAGUUCAUUCUGGACUGGGCAGAGGGAAAUUCCAAUCAGGAUAUCUCCUGA